AUGUCUGCUCGUUCCGCCACCCCUGCCUCAACGCCUUCGCUCGUCAACCGCCGCCUCGCCGCGCUGCUCGUGGUUCUCGAGGCUCCGCCGACCGCCGAUGCCGCGCUCGACGUGGUCGAAGAGUGGGCACAGGAUUUGUCGCCGCUCGUCCUUGCCUAUCGCAAGGCCUUGGGCGCGAUCCGCGACGAGGAGACGGAGUUGCGCGUCGCCGCCGCCGUCAAGCAGCUCGCCGGGCGGGCAUCGGAAUCGUGGGUCGAGUGGGCGCGCGGGGACUGGCCCGAGCUCGCGAUCGCCAUCGACGCCGAGGUCGAACGACGCGUCGAAGAGCAGAAGCACCUCGCCGAAGAGGAAGCACGACGCAUCGAAGAGGCCGCGAAGCGUGCGAAGGCCGCCGAAGAACGUCGCCUCGAAGACGAACGGCGUCGGAAGGAGGAAGAGGAAUUGCGCCUUGAAGACGAACGUCGCGCGCAAGAGGCCGCCGAUGAGGAGUUGGCGCGGAUCGCGGCCGCCGAAGGCCUUCUCUCUGACCCCGCGCCUGCCGGUGUCGACAAGGGGAAGGGGCGCGCGAGGGUCGACGAGGAGGUCACCGAGUUGUCGGACGACCCUUCGAUCAAGACUCCUCGGACGGUCGAACGCCCGUUCGUGAUGACGGAGGUCGACAUGGCCGCCGUUGCGCUUGAGAAGCGCCAGUCGGGACAGAAGUGUGAUCGUUGCGCCGGCUACCGCUCGGCCCCUGUCGAGUGCGUGUGGGUCGAGAACGCCACGA